AUUUCUAUUCAUUCGCAUUUUCUCGCCGCCUCAGGAGAAGACGGAGCUGCAGAAAAGGAUAAGUACCGCUCCGAAAACCAUCGCGCGCGCUCCCUUCACAUAUUUCUAUUUAGGGAACGCGCGCGGGAAGAGGAGAAACGGGGCGGGGGUGGUGCGGGAGAGGAACUGAAAAUCUGACAGAAGACAAUGAACCCCGCGCUUGAGGCAGCUGAGGGAGGACCCAGCGGCGCGUUCGGAAACGUUCCGAGGUGGCGGCGGCCGUUUGUCCCAACCCGCCACCCGUAGCCAGCAGGGCUGUUCCCGCCAAAAAUUCUGAGAGGAGAGAGAGGGGAUUCCCCCCGCCCCGCGGCCUCGCGCCUGAGGAGAAAGGGGCGGGGCUGAUCCCCAACCCUCGAGGCCUUGCUGUCCCGAGGCGAAUGUGUGGGCGGAGCUAGUGCCGCUUCCCGCCCCUUAGAAGGCUGGAGGAGACGUCACUGCAGCCCCUAAAGGGGAGGAGCCAGAGCAUUGGGACCACCAAUCCCAGAGGGAGGGAGGACCCAGGACUAUCGCCACCAAAGAGGGAGGAGCCAUUAGGGUCAUUGUGGGGGCUAUUUGCCUGAGAAGUCUUUGGAGCCGCCCCUUAAAAGGGAGAAGCCCUUUCAUUGGACCACCUCCUGAAAGAGGGCAGUGCUGAGGAAGCUGCCCCAGGGGAAGUGGUGUUUGCCCCGCCCCUUAGCUGCCACCACGUUUCUUCCUGCUGCCAUGAAGCUCCUCCGCCUGCUGUGCCGCCACAAGACGGCUCUGGGACUCGGCGGCCUGUCUCUCUUUGGCGUGGUGCUCCUCUACUUGGCCAAGUGCACCUCAGAAGGCCUCAAGCCCUCCCACGGCUGGGGGCUGCCUCAGCAACAGUCUCCCGCCCGGACCGGGGGUGUGAGUGGGCCUCACCCUCCAGCAGCCGCCCCACCUCCUCCUCCCGAGGAGAGCGCCUUCCUGGCUGUGUUGGUGGCCAGCGGCCCCAAAUACACAGAGCGGCGUAGCAUCAUCCGCAGCACAUGGCUCUCGGUGGCCGGCCGGGUCCCCACCGGAGAUGUCUGGUUCCGUUUUGUGGUGGGCACCGGAGGCCUGACCGGGGAGGAGCUCCACACCUUGGAGCUGGAACAGAGCCACCAUCAGGAUCUUCUCCUCCUUCCUGACCUCCGAGACUCCUACGAGAACCUGACCGCCAAGGUCCUGGCUAUGUUUGUGUGGCUCGACCAGCACCUGGACUUCCGCUUUGUCCUCAAAGCUGAUGACGACACAUUUGUGCGCUUGGAUGUGCUGGUGGAGGAGCUGAGGGCCAAGGAGCCACGCCGCCUCUACUGGGGCUUCUUCUCUGGGCGCGCCCGUGUGAAAUCUGGCGGGAAAUGGAAAGAGAACACCUGGCUCCUUUGUGACUACUACCUGCCCUAUGCUCUGGGCGGGGGCUACGUGGUUUCAGCUGACCUGGUGCACUACUUGCGCCUCACGCAAGACUAUCUCAACAUAUGGCAAGCUGAAGACGUAUCCCUGGGUGCCUGGCUUGCUCCGGUGGAUGUGAAGAGGGUUCACGACUCUCGUUUCGACACGGAGUAUAAAUCGCGGGGCUGCAACAAUAAAUACAUUGUGACUCAUAAACAGAGCAUUGAGGACAUGUUGGAGAAGCAUCAGACUCUAGCCAAAGAAGGGAAGCUCUGUAAAGAAGAGAUUAAACUCCGACUGUCAUACACGUAUGACUGGAGUGUGCCUCCUUCACAGUGCUGCCAGAGGAAAGAUGGUAUACCUUGAAAACUGUGAGGAAAGACAGUAUACCUUGGCAACUGUGCAAAUAAGAGGGGAAGGGAACACAACCAGGCGGGAGGAAAUUGGUGGUGGUGGAUGUGUGUCGCACUGAAAUCAUUCCUCCUCCGGCCGGAACUUUUAAAUUAUUCCAAGAUUUUCCACAGUAUGUCAGGCCAUAUUGCAUCACCCUUGCCAGUGUGGCAUAUGAAGGAUAUAGGGGAAGAGCAUGGAACAAACCGGGAUCUAGGAAAAUAGUACCUGAAAGGCAGGAAUUGGCAAAAGGAACAAUUUUUAUGUACUGUGGGACAAAAAAAUGAAGGAUUUUAAAGGCUCUUUAAGCUACGGUACUGUUAGACACAGAGCUGUGGUUUGUUUCCUUUCUUUGAAAGGAUAAGUGGAUGUUGGCCAAGGAUUCUGACAAGUUUAAAGUGAAAUAAUAACAGAAGGGUAACUUGGUCCCCAGCACCAGUGGAAGAGAUUACUAGUGUGCUCCAUAAUGCUGUUUCUAAACAGAAGGGGCUGCUUUUGUCAUUGACAAGCCUUUGCAUUGGCUAUGGUGUAUUAGAGGUAGAUGUCCAGUCUAGCAGGAAAUGUUCUGACCUUUAAACAUUUUUUUUAUAAGUGGAUGGCUUGUAUAACUUCUAUCCCUGGAGAGAAAUCCCUCAGAUCCCUUUCUAUGUCAAGAGAAGGAGAAACCUUUGAAAAUCAUUAAUCCUACUCAGAGUAGACUCAGUGAAGUUAAUUAACCUGGUUCAGUAAUUUCAGUGGGUGUUCUCCAACUUGUAUCCAACUAAGUUAUACUCAACGAUAGACCCAUUGAAAAUAAUGUGCCAAGUUACUCAUGUCCAAUAUUUUCAAUGGACCAUUACUUUGAGAAGGAACAUUUGAUGCAACUCUUUAGCUAUAUUUGGAAGAGAAGAUUAUUAGAAGGAAUCCACAAUGACAGCCUGGUCUUGAUUGAAAAUCAUGCAGCAGUUGCUUCCAAUGUAGUGUUACUAGUUUCUGGAAUUAAAUGCUUCUAGAAUUGUUGAGUUGUAUCCAACAUUAGUCCUACCUGAAGUAGACCCAUCAAAAUUAACCAGUAUGAUAAGCUUAGGCCCCUUUAUUUCAAUGGGUCAACUCGUGAGUAGGAUUCAGUUGGAUACAACCCAUUGUAUUGUAGCCAACAAUAGUCCUGCACAGAGUAGACGCAUUAAUUUUUUUUUACCUUCGUUAGUCAUAUUCAUUGGGUCUACUUUGAGUAUGACGAAUGUUGAAUACAGCCUAUUACAAUUAUUAUCCAUAUCAAUUAUAUUAUUUGUCAAGAAACGGAAUAUGCAACUCUGUGAGCCAAUUAGCAUACAGUGGGGUGACUUGGCUUUGUACAGCUACCUUCCUUGAACCAAUCCCUCUUUGCCUAGGCAAUGAACUGCUCCAGAGUUAAGGGGUUGAGAAUUGUAAAGAAAGUUGGGAUUUUCAACUGGUAUGUUGCUUUCCCUUAAACCAGCUUUCUCGGGGUCUACCAGUGGGUUAUUUCCUUGAGUGGGUCUUAACCCUCCAAUCAAUUAUUCCUGAGUAAUAUUCUGGGAUGUCACCAGGACAGCCAUCAAAUUCUCCGUUUUGUGGGGCUGAGUGCUCUCUGUAGUUUAUUUCCAAAGCAGUAAGACUCCUGUACUAAAAAACAAAUAAGUAAAUUUAGAGCCAGAAAAAAACCUUGCAGGCAGAUGUAAACAUAUUUAAUUGCCUUGCUUUCAGGGAUUCUUUGCACAACAUGAGACUUAGAGGUGGAGAGAAUGGGUUGCGACAGCUUUGGAGGUGUGUCAAACAAGAGAGUAAGGAGCAGGUUGGAGAUGGAGUUAUCUCAUCCACUCCUUUUCCAUAAUCUGAACCCUACAUUUCCUAUACAUGUUUAAAUAGCAUUUCCCCAAGGAGUCUUGAAAGUACUAAUAAGGGGAAAAUCUGAGGUAUCCAUCCUUUGUAGACCCUCUGGACAGAGAUGUCGUCCAGGAUGCUUAGAUUAGGCCUGGAAAAUCUGUGACCCUCCAAAUGUUGAUGGGCUGUGUCCAGCAUCAUCCCUGACCAUUGGCCAUAUUGGCUAGGGCUGAUGGGAGUUGGGAGUCCAACAACUGCUGGAGGGCCACAGGUUCCCCAGCCCUGGUGUUGGUCUUCAAAGAAGAAAACUAUAUGACCCCACCUUGUUCUGAAGUCUGACCUAUAUGAACUGAGCUGAACCGAGUCCACCUGCCUUGAAAUUGCUUCCUGCCUUGGUUUUUUCCUGUUCUGGAAAGGUGCAAAAAGAUGUUAUUUUUGAAUUCCUGGUGGUCCAACAUACAUGGGUGCCAGACUCUGUUCUGUGUCUCGCCAGGCACGCAGGUUUUCUCUUCUGAUGCUGACUUCAGGAAAAGUCAGGAAUAUUUGUCUUCUUUACUCAGAGGGAAGUUGGUAUAUUGUACGUAAUAUUAUGUGUUUACAAUGGUGAUAAUUUAUUUAUAAAUAUUGUAAAUGUUCUGUGUAUAGUUACAGAGGCUCGGAAACAGCCGCGUGUCAACGGUAAUUUUAAAUUAUUUAAAAGGAGCGUGUCGGCGCUCGUGUAACUAUUAUUGAAAUGCCUUUUUCCUGCCGUACAGCUUAUUAUUUAAACUCUCCUGGGACUUUUAAUCCCAAGCCCUUUCUUGCAUGUGUCUCGAGAGCUUGUAAGAACGAUGUACCAAUCACUCCUUUUAGCUGAAAUAGCAAUGCUUCUGAAAAAACGUUUGUGUGUUCUCGUUUCCAUUUUUUUUUUAAUAAAGAAAAGAGUCCUCUUUCCCCUUUCCCAU